AUGCUCUACAGCACGCUCGCGCUGACGCUCGCCGCGACACUGGUCGCCGCUGCCCCCGCCGCGCAGCAGAAUCCGAUAUGUAAGGGCACGGAUAAGAACCGGCCGGGCCUCACGGCCAAGGGCCCUGGGGGACUCUACUGGAUGUCCAAUGAGCCGAAUGGCAACUUUGUGUUCACCGCCAACAUCGAUGCGGAUGGCAAUGUGCUAUUCGGCGAUGCGGUCUACGCGGGCGGCAACGGCGGGCACAUGGGGCCUGAUGUCAGCAAGCCGAACGGGCUGGCGUCGCAGGGCUCGAUUAAGGUCAUCGCGGACAAGCUCGUCGCAGUCAACGCCGGCUCGGACACCGCGAGCAUCUUCCAGAUCGACUUCCAGAACCCGGCCUUCAUCCGCAUGAUCGGGCAGCCCAUCAGCACGAGCGGCAACUUCCCCGUCAGCGCGACGAUUAGCAAUACCAACGGGAACGUGUGCAUCCUCAAUGCGGGGCAGAACAAUGGCGUGAGCUGCUACACCGUCAGCCUGCGCAAGGGCCUCGUGCCCAUCCCCAACAGCGUGCGCUCGCUCAACUUGAAGCUGACCACGCCACCGGCGAACCCGGACAACACGCCGUCGCAGAUCCUGUUCUCGGACGACAGCAAACGGCUGUUCGUCUCCGUCAAGGGCAGCAAAGACGCGCCGGGCUUCCUCGCCGCGUGGGACGUCGCCGACGACGGCUCGCUCUCCGCCGACUUUGUCAAGAACGUCCCCGACGGCGGUGCCAACCCCGCCUCGCUCACCGCCAUCCGCGGCGCCGACGCGCUCAUGAACACCGACAUCGGCAAGGGCAUCAACAUCUUCGACUUUGGCAAGAACGGCACCACGAAAGCGGAGAAGGCACAGGACCUGGUCAUCAACGACUCGAUCCACACCGCGUGGGGCGAGUUCUCGGACCAGACAAGAAACUACUACAUCAGCGACAGCGACACGGCGGUGUACACGGAGCUGAGCAUCGACCCGAAGACGCUCGAGGUCAAGGGCGUGAAGCAGUACCCGCAGGAGAAGGGCUCGUUCCCGAUCGACCAGGAGGUCGCGCUGCUUGACGGCAAGGACACGUCCUACCUGCUCUCGCCGGGCAACAUGAAGAUCCAGAUCCUCGCGCUCAACGCGCCCGGCCAGGCGAAACAGCUCGCGUCGUUCGACAUUGCCAAGGCCGCGAAGAACAUCGGCGCGACGAUCAAUGCCGCGAACAUCCAGGGCAUCCAGGCGUUCUUCACAGGCUGA